ACGGGAAAAGAGAGGGCCACGGUGCUGUGGAGGAGGCGAUCUAAACACAACACCGGGCGCAGCCGCGCACCGGAGCCCGUCCGACUCUCGUGGUUCUGGACCUGGAUGCGGUUCUGCUCUCGGGGCUCGGUCGGCGCAUCGCGAGCAGCUCUAACGGGCCGGGCCGCCGCCGCUCCACGGCUCGCUCCCCGCCGGGACGGAACCACCGACAGGACCAUGGAGUAAGAGAGAGGAUUCAUCCGAGAGGUUCCCCAUGUUGAACAUGAGCACCCCCAGCGAGCUGAAGUCUCCCUGUGUGACUUGCAAUGGUAUGGUGAAGCUGCCCCCCAGCCAGCCCAACGGUCUCGGCAGUGCGAGCAUCACCAAGGGGACCCCUGCUGCAAAGAACCGCCUAUGCCAGUCCUCCUCGGUACCCUCCAUCCUGCCUCCUCCACCGUCCUCCCUUCCCUACCACCACCACCAUCACCUGGACGGCACUGGCAUGACAAACUCAGCGGCGUCUCUCUUGGGCUCUGACAUGGAGCCUGGGAAGCCUCUGGUGGGCUUGAAGCCGUCCAUUCGUCAGCUUCCCCCUCUCAGCCUGUCCAAGCCCUUGCUGCUGGAGCGCCAGCUGGUCCUGGAUGAGAAGCUGCUCAACCGGUUGCUCUGGUACUUCACUACAGCUGAGAAAUGUGUGCUGGUGCAGGUAUGCAAGACAUGGCGCAAGGUGCUAUACCAGCCCAAGUUCUGGGAGGGCGUGACACCCAUCCUGCAUGCCAAGGAGCUCUAUACCCUCCUGCCCAAUGGGGAGAAGGAGUUUGUCAGUCUGCAGGCCUUCGCCUUGCGGGGCUUCCAGUCCUUCUGCCUUGUGGGCGUCUCAGACCUGGACAUUUGUGAAUUCAUCGACAACUACCCGCUGUCCAAGAAAGGUGUUCGCUCAGUCAGCCUCAAGAGGUCCACCAUCACGGAUGCCGGUUUGGAGGUGGAACCCUAG